AUGAGUUUUAUACAGACUGUUCCUUCUUUGCUGAGGAGAGUCCGAGUGGAGCGUGAAAGCAUCCCAGCUCCAGUACGGGACAAACCACACGACCAUCCAGACCAGCUCCAGCACCUGACAUACAGGCAGAGGAAGAUAAUGAUGAUGCAGUCAGGCCUGGAUGACAUGACCAAGCAGAGGAUGUUGCAGGCUAAGGCUCUGUCUAAGGGGGCCAGGGGAGGGGGUCUGAACCUUGGGAAGAAGAUCAGCGUUCCAAAGGACGUGAUGAUGGAGGAGCUCAACCUCCCGUCUAAUCGGGGCUCUCGCAUGUUUCAGGAGAGACAGAAGAGGGUGGAGAAGUUCACACUGGAGGAUGCUGCGAAUGGUCCUGUUUACAAAACCAACACUGUCCAUGCAGAAGCCAUUCCUCCCCCACAGGUCAUCCCAGAGCUGCAGGGAGGAAAAGAGAACCAGACUUUCUCCAUCCCUGGAUAUUCUGGUCCUCUUAAAGAUGUUCCUCGUGAGAAGUUCAACACAACAAUAAUCCCCAAAUCCUUCAGUUCCCCAUGGAGAGAGGCUUUGGGAGACAACACAGAGCUCCUGAACACCAUCUAUACCCAGCUGCCCCAGCUCCCACAAGGGCUACAACCAGCCAACUACAGGUGCUUCAACAGAUCCGCCAUGCCAUUCGGAGGAGCUAUGGCCAGCAGGAGGGUCAUCCCAGUGAUUGGCUUUGAGGCGGUGGAAUCCCAGAUCCUGCCGGGCAUCGCUCUGGAGCGCAUGUGUCGACGGCCCAACUUCAACAGAGCACCCAAGGGAUGGGGCAUUGAUCACUGCCCUGAAUCUAAUGAACUAUGAAAAGGGGGCUGAUGAGCUUAAGACUAAAGCACUGAUCUAUGCUUGCUGCUCACUUCCUGCAAAGAUGAUACCUCUGUUAAUCAGUGGGCACUGCAGGAGAGAGAGAAACACUCCUGCAUGAUACAUAAAGUGAUUUGCUGCUGCUUGGCCAGACGAGGUAAACCCUGACUGCUGGAAUCUGUUCAUCACUACAGUCGAGUCCCUGACAACGCUGCCACAAGCUCAACAGCUUUCCUUUUGCUAUCCUUCGCAGUAUCUGAUCCCAUCAAUGUCAAUACCUGACACCCUUCUGUCCCCUCUCCCAGUCUGCAUCUCAUCAUUUAUACGCUGUAACUGUACAUCUUCAUCUCCCCCUUUGUCCAGUAAUACUGUGCAAGAGCAAAUCAGGGUUCCCACACCUUGAUCAACAUCAAAUUCAAGGACUUUCCAGGCCCAUUUUACCCUCAUUGAAAGACCCAACGCGGAAAAGCUUGAAACAUGGAUCAAGGUUAAUUACACAAUUAAAAACAGAGAGGCUUAAAUGUAUGAAUGCCUCUCAAAUGUGCUGAUACAGUGAUGACUGACAAUAUCAGAAGAACUACAAUUUUUACUCUUGCACAAAAUAAAUAAAUCCAAGCACUUUCAAUGAUUCAUGUUUGUGCCAGCUAUUUAAAAAACAUUCAAGGCCAUGAUUUGUUCCCCUUAAAUUCGCAAACAAUCAAGGAUUUCAAAGGCCCGUGGGAACCCUGGCAACUGUAAGAGAUAACUCAGCAGGAGUGUUAAUGAACAACAUGAACUCGCACAUGAUCCAUGACAAAAUUAGGUCAUUUUAAUGACAAGUGAAAACAAAGUAAGCCUUACAAUAAACAAAGUCAAUAUGCUGUGGAAUAUUAAGUUUGUGUCAAAUAAAAAAGUAACUGAAAAUUAAAAGCUUUAAAAAUUUUUUGCUCCUCAGAUUUCUACUCCAUGUUGCACAGUGUGACAAAUACAAGCUUAAACUGACAGUUUACAUUUUUAUAUGUACAACGGCUCCGACCGCAGGAGCCUGUAAAAACCACAUGGUCCUGAUCACAUUGGGCCACUACUCUCAUUCUGAAAGUCUGCUGAUGCUGAUCUAGUACUUUGUAACUGUGAGUAGUGACAGAGUCGUCUUGUAAGAUCCUGGUUGUCUUUCCCGAAACACAGAUGGUCCUUGUUCAGUUUGUUCACUGCGCUGCAGGUGGCAUGAUAAAUCAGAUGUUAUCCUGUAAGACAUAACUGUGUUUUCUCC